CGCGCCAUGCACCUCACCGACGUGCCCACAGACCUACUGAGUCACACGCUCAGCUUUCUUGACGCGAUGGACCUCCGCGCGGCCUCGGUCGCGUCCAAGGGGCUCGCGUCCGUGCCCACGGAAAGCCACUGGGAGGCCCUCUUUCGCGCGGCAUGGAACCAACUCAACGCGCAUGUCGCCAGCAGCGAGACCUUGGAGCUCUCGCCGGCUCUCCAGGCAGCUUAUCCUAUGCGGCGCGACUGCUUUCGCUGGCUCACACAGGUUGUCGCGCCAGUCCCGACGAGCGCCGACAUUGCGCACACCAAUGUCCUCGCCAACCUCUCGUCCAAGCACCGGCGCGUGACGGCGAUGGCGCUUGGCAUCGACAGCGUUGGUGGCGACCGGUCGAUCCGCGCCAACACGCCGUUUCCGCUCAGCCCACGCGUGCAAUUGACCAAGGCAUCGCCGCACACUUGGCUUGUCGACGUUGUGGCCGACGCGUAUUUUGAGAUUACGAUUAUGCAAUCGGCGAGGGGCUCGGCCAUCGCGCUGCCAACGAAGUAA